UGUUUUUUCUACUACUUAUAGCACCCAGCAAACACACGCACCGAUUCUUAAGGAACCUGUUAAAACCACUUUAUACAAGAAUUCACUAGCCAAGGAUCUCAUAAUAAACAAUAAAAAAAAUACCGUAGAAUCUAUUUUAUAAUUAUAGGCUAAUCCUUGCUAUAUAAAGCCGACUAAUAUAUGUUAAGAUUGAAACAUAAAAAGCUUUUGAACGAAGAGUCUAUGGAUAAAUAACUUGAUAGAAAGUUAUUGAAAUAACUAGCUUUCGUAAGGCUUUUCCAUUACCUUACAAGUGCUACGAACGAAAUAGUGUUAACAAACAUUAAGGAAUAUCUAAAGAAUAUCUGUCAAUUGCAAUGAGCUAUCCUAAGCCAAGAAUGAAGCGUAUGCUUCGACAACAUGCGGGAAGACCCAUUGAUGACUCCGCUGUAGAUCUGAUUUACUUAGACUAUUGCCUUUUCUUACAAACACUCUUAAAAGAGGCCAACAUUGAGGCAGAACGAACCGGCGAAAAGAAAAUCCAGCCGAUUCAUAUUCAAAAUGUCAAACGGAAAAUUUUGGCCCGCUACCGAGGCUAACCAAACAAUCAUAGUAGUCAUAAGGAAUAAUCAAAGAAGGUACCCGAUAGAAAAUCCAUGGUCACUUUGAAAUGAGUGUGAUACAGAAGAGUGCCAGGUUUCGUUAAACAUUUUUUAUGUUCUAUCCAAGGCUUGAGUUCAUUUGCAUUACAUGUCCGGUCUGCUGUUCAACACACGGGUGAUACAUCCAAUUCCAUUGACUUGAACAAUCUAUUAUAAUAGUCAGUUUAUGUUCAUUACUAUUGAAACGUCAUAGAACAAAGCAUACCUUUUCGUGCCAGUUUAAUAAAACAGAAGAAUUAUAAGCUUGAGGAUUCGCGAGUGCGCGAUAAAUGAAAUUCAUAAUAUUAUCUGAAUCCUCGGUGCUGCAUUGCUUUAAAAAUCCAACAAUAUCCGUGGACCUGAUGUAGCUUAACAAG